AUGAAUGCUGUGAGGGUCUUUAAUGAUCUUAACAUGCUAUCUAAUAUGCCGCCACACAAAUCAUCCAGUGAAUUGAGAAUGGUUGGAUCAAGUGUGGUGUAUUAUCAAGAUCCAAAACAACUGGCUGAUCGUAUGAAAAUAGUAAUGGGUUCAAUGAUUGCAGGAAACAAUAGUCCAGUAUUAAAAAUGAUUUGUCAAAGAUAAAUGAUGAACUACUGAAAAUAGAAGCUAUUGAUAAAUCAUUACACGAAAAAUUAUAUAACAAAUAUAUAUUAUAAACGACUGCUAAAAGCACGUUUGGGUUCAAAUCAAUAGAUGGAAAAAACAAAACCCAAAUAAUAAACCAGUUAAUUUUACUACAAUAUUUAUUCCAGAAGGGAAGGAAAUAAACUUAAUUAAAAAACAUCCUAUAAAAGAUUACAAUAUACAAGCAUAGGAUAAAAGUUAUCACAAAAUCAUAGAUAAAAAUGUAUCUAAAAAAAUAAAAAGCCUUAGGCUUGGGUAGAAAAAGAGAGAAAAAUGUUCAAAACAAAACUUAAAACUAUUCUACUUUAUCUUUCCAAUCAUAUUUGCUAUUUCUACCCCGCUAAAAUCAGUGUUCAACUCAUGUUUAGUUGUUCUGGAGCCUCUUACACAUAAAAAUGCUGAUCUUAAUAGGUUAAAACAUAGUUUUGCUCUCAACCAAUGAAUCACAAUGCUAUAAUCCAUCUGCUUCUUAUCGUAUAGUUUUUGGGCUAGUUCCGUAAGAAAUCUCUCGUCUUCCCUACCGUUUCCACCGUAUGGUGAGAACACGAGAGGGCUGAAGGAGCCAUGCUCGACUUCAAUAAUUCGCUGGUUGUAGUGUCGCUUUUUGUAGUUCUCAUUGCUCGGGAAAGCCGUUUCAAGUUUCUGGUUAAGGUGACUCUUUGCAAACGGGUUAAAAACCCUGACAUCAAAAAAUGCACUUUCUCCCCUUUUCCAAAAACCGCACACGCUGACAUCCAAACGAGCGUCAUCAGAGGAGUUGGCACUGCUGAUUAUAACUUCUCCUGUCAAAGACUGAAGGUAUGACUCGACCUCAACAUUAUAACAUACGUCAGGAGAAGGAGGACGCUUCAGUUAAGCGAGUUACAGGUAUUGUCUGCAUCCACCAAGAGCAAUGCGUCAGUGGGCUCUUCCUCGAAGAUGUCACUCCUAGCAUGUACAGCGCCCUCACGUCCACCUGCUUGACCGGCACAGGGUUGUAAUUUCUUGCUGAACUCAUGAUCUCUGGCUUAAUGACUGAAAGAAUGGCUUUCCUAACAAUCCUCCGUAGUACUUCACCGACACCAAUAGGUCUAACACUAGGGUUAUUAUCUAAAGGAAUCAGCCUGCAAGCUGUGUAAGUUUCCAGGUUUGUGUAUGUUCUGCCGUUUUCAACAAGGACUUCUGUUUCAAUAGUACUAAUCUUUUGUGCGAAGGUGGCUAAUGCACCCCUAAGAUUAUAGCCAGCAGCUCCAAAAUUCUUCGACACCAAGAUUCUCCUCCACCCAUCGGCGUCUAAACCGGAGGGCCCACAAGAGCACCUUGUCCGUAAGGCUGCAUUUGCAAUAUAGUAGAGUCCGUUAUAUUUUGAAACAUAACAGGGUCCAAAAAUAGAGGUUGGCCAUCUAUUAACAGUGAAGGAUCGGUUUCGUUUGUCUCUGGGUGUUUCAGUUUCAGCUCGUUUAUAGUGCUUUGGAAUAGGGGGAGCAAAAUUGUUGCUCUGUUGAUCCAAAAGCUUCAUAGCAGCAUUUUUCUUUCCUUCAAGCACAAGCUUAGCAAAGAUUUUAGCUAAUCGGUCUUCGUUUAAGCCCUUGGGAUUCGUAGGCAAUUUGGCUUGGACCGUACUAGCCUCACGAAGCAAUUCAUCAAAUUUACCCAACUCCGAUUGUGCCAAACGCCUUGACAAGCACUGGGAGUAUUCUUUUGCUGUUGAUUUGAAUGUUGGCUUCUGGAGAAGUAGGGCAGGCAUUACCACGAGGACUUUUAGAGCAAUAUCUUUAAAUUCAAUUGCAUCCUGGAUCCAAAACUCAAUCCACUUUGUUGCUUCUGAAAUAAAUUUCUUCCCCGCGGCCCCACUCGGUAGUUUGAAUAAAUUCCGUCCCCAAUAUACGAUUUCCUCAUAUAUCACAUUGAUCUUAUUGUGGAUAUCGUCUUCAGUAAAGACUCCCCAUGUUUCAGGUUUUAUUGAUGUUGGUUGGCUUCGUGCUGUGAUAUUGACAUUCACUUGAGCUAGAUCUUGCUGGAUAGGCUGCACUCGCGAGGUAGACUCCACUAGUAAAGAUCGCUUUCUAUAACUACUCAGAUGGACAUUCUUCCCAUGAUUAGUAGAAAAAGAUCGUAGACACAGGUUACAUUGAAAGGAGGCAGGAAUUUGCCGAGUUUGUAUUUGUUCACGAUUGUGUUGAUCCCGCUGCAUUUUCACUUCAAAUAUUGAUUUCCUCGGUCGAUGGAGACGAAAAAGCUAAUCCACUAGCUCAGGAAACAUGCAAGAUUAUCAUACGUGUGAUAAAUAUUGCAUCUUCACGCUUAUUUAAGACCGAUAACCACAAAAUUGAAAUAAUUUUAGAUAAUAAUAAUAAAGAGUACUACUUAGCCCUAGAUCAUCCAAGCAUGACUGCCAGUUGGCAUAACAUACGACCAGAAUAUGAUAACAAUAAGCUGAAGAUUUCAAAAAACAGAGGUUCAUCGUGGGAAACAAUAACCAUCAGGUGUUUAUGACUAUAGAGAUCUAAGCAGUUAAAUUCACAACAAAAUAGGAAAACUGACUGGAAAAGAAACUUAUGGAAUUGACAUACUGUUUGAUUUAACAACUUACAAAGUUUUUACAAAACUCGAUCAAAACUAUCAGAUUGAUUUUAAAAGUACUGGUAAUUUUAAUGUUUUACUCGGGUUUGAUAAGAAAGUUUUAAAAUCUAGCAGUUAUGGAACAAAAUUUCUAAUUUAUAUAUCAGAUGUUCUCUUUUGAGCGAAUCUUUAAUUUCAGGAAGACAAUCAAAUGUACUUUAUACAUUUUCAACAAAAACCAAAACAAGGUCUUUACCAUCUGAAAUCCAAGCAAUAAAUUAUCUCUGGAAUAGAAUAAAUACAGAGGUAAUAGCUGAGGUGACCUUUUACAUGAUAGACGUUGAACGCCGUGAGGAUGAUCUGAAUGGUAUAGAUAUACCUUUGACGAUUGUAAUGAGGGAAGUGUGA